CAGAUGGGCUCACCUGUUGGUAAUGAAAGCCUGUGAUUCUCUGCAAGGCUCAGUAUUUGGUAGAAAAGACACAGAACACCUUGGAGACUUUUUCUCUGAACGCCCACCCAGUGUGGUGAAAUGGCAGGUAAAGCAAGAGGAAGAGGGGCUUCCUACACAUUUGACCUACAAGCCAUUGGUUUCUCGAGAGGUGAUGCUCUUCCUGAGACUCAAGCACAGCCUUUGCCCCUAUUCCCCAGUAUAGAUUACAAAGCUGCUCCUCUAAUAGAAGGAGAAGAUCAGGAUUAUUUAUUAGCAUUAAAACAAGAACUAAGAGGAAACCUGAAAAAAAUGCCGUAUUACAUAAGACAAGGAGUCGUGAAACAAAGCAUUGAAAGGUAUAUCACAAAGUAUGAAAUGGAAGCAGAAAAAAAACUUGAUGCAGAGUGGGUGCCAGAUUGGCGAAUACUGCCGAAAGAGAUGAAAGCGGUCAAGAAGAAGCCUAAAAAAUGUGUGAAAAAAGUGAAAGAAAAAAAAGCCAUUGCUAAUGUAGAUGUCCUAAAGAAAAUUGAGGAACUGGAGAAAAAAGGCGAUGAAGAAAAAUCGGAUGAAGAAAAUGUAAAGAAAAAGGGUAGUGGUGAUGAAGAAGAAGAGGAGGAAGUUGAGGCAGAGAUUGAAGAUGAGGAGGAUUGUGAAGAAGCAAAUGACUACAUUGCCUCCUACUUUGAAGAUGGAGAUGACUUUGGGAACAGUGAUGACAAUAUGGAUGAAGCCACCUACUAGACCUGUAUUAUAAACUGAUGCAACACAAGUCAGAAAUAUAAGUAAUAUUACUCAAAAA